GGCAUGCCGGUCCGGGAGGGCGAGGGCGAUGGCGGCGCGGGGCCUGGAGGCGGCGGCGGCGGCGUCGCUGUGGCCGGCGGCGUCGGCGUCGUGCCUGGCGGGCCCGGAGGCGUCGGGCUCGCGGCUGCGCUGCCUGGAGGGCCGCCUGGCCUCGGCCGAGGAGCAGCUGGGCGGCUGCCAGCGGGCGGUGGCGGAGCUGGGCGGGCAGCUGGAGGGCAAGUGGGCGGCGCUGGGCGGGCUGGUGCGGGACUUCGGGCGGCUGGAGCGGCGGCUGGAGCGGCUGGAGGACCUGCUGCGGACCCGCAACUUCUGGAUCCUGCGCUUCCCGCCCGGCGCCCGCGGGGAGACGCCCAAGGUUCCGGUCACUUUCGAUGACCUUUCCGUUCAUUUCAACGAGCAAGAAUGGGGCAACCUGGAUGACCUGCAGAAGGACCUGUAUAAAACGGUCAUGAAAAGCAAUUAUGAGAUGCUAGUCUCAAUGGAUUACGCCAUCGCAAAACCCGAGAUCCUGACCAAGAUCGAGCAAGGCGACGCCUUGUGUGACACCAACGUCGAAGCCGCGCCCGAGGAUGACACGCCGACACUCCCUGGCACAGAGUCCCCCGUCGCUCCGGUGGAUGUUUCGUUGUGGCUGAAGGAAGAAGUAGAAGGACCUCACGUUGGCAGAAAGGCCAGGCCUCUUGAGGAGAUCGGCGCCGGUCUUCACGAGGGGCAGUCUCGCUUGGUAGGACACGUCCUGAUGACCACUUCUCCCAAAUUCAUGGACCCGGAAAACGAACAUCCCAGAAUCUUGCUUCCUUCUGGAUCGUGCCGGAACGACGCCGUCAGGAGGGAAAUGGAAGCCGGUUCUUCGGUGGAGUACCUAGACAUCCCCUCGGGGAUUAAAGAAGAGGCAGAGGAGGUCUCCUUGGGCCCCGUGGAGACCCACAAAGAGCCCGUGCCGUACGAUCCUAGCGAAGAUUAUCAGACCAUCACCAUUUCUGAAGAGCAUCUCUGUGGGCUUCAGGAAGACCAGUGUGCGCAGGACCCGUUGUUCUUCGGGGAAGGCUCCAGCUCCGUAUUUUGCAACGGGCUCUUAUUCUCGCUGGCCAUGUCCUCAAAAGGGAAGAGAAAAGGCCACGGUUCGUCGGAGGAGCGAAGCAAAAAGCAGAGGAAGGCUAUCAGUCUGAAUUUGAAGAUGAAGAUCAUCAAAGCCUACGACGCUGGGAAGAAGGUGAACAUCAUCGCCCAAGAAGAAGGCCUGGCCCAUUCCACCAUCUCCACCAUUUUGAAGAACAAGGAGAGGAUCCGAGAGGCCAUGAAAGGCUCCCCGGGGACAAAAGCCAUCAUCACCCGGCAACGCAAAGGCCUCAUCCACGAAACGGAGAAACUCCUGAUGCUGUGGAUUGAGGAUCAGAUCCAAAAGCGGAUUCCCAUCAGCCUCCCGCUCAUUCAGGCCAAGGCGCGCAGCCUUUUUGCGACCCUGAAGGAGCGAGCCGGCGAGGAGUGUACCGAAACGUUCACGGCCAGCCGCGGGUGGUUCAUGCGCUUCCAGCGAAGAUUUAACUACCACACGGCACACCCGCCGGGCGAAGCGGCCGGGGCCGACGAAAUGGCAGCCCAACGCUUCCUGGAUGACCUUGACGAGCUCAUCGCCGACGGGAACUAUUUGCCCGAACAGAUAUUCAACGUGGACAAAACCCGGUUAUUUUGGAAAAAAAUGCCCGAACGGACUUAUCUUCACCGAGAGGCCCAAGCUAUACCUGGAUACAAAGCUUUUAAGGACCGAAUCACCUUGCUGUUGGGCGGGAAUGUCGCCGGAUUCAAGCUGAAGCCGUUCCUGAUCCACAAAUCGGACGAUCCCCCCACGGGCGAAAACAUCGGCCAAGAGACACUGCCCGUCUAUUACCAAACUGAUCAGAAGGCUUGGAUGACCCAAGUCUUUUUCGAGGAUUGGUUUGUAAAUUGCUUCAUCCCCCAGGUGCAGGAAUAUUGUUUUCAAAACAGAAUCCCUUUUAGGGUUCUCCUGCUCCUCAACAACGCCCCUGGAUAUCCCCCGCACCUGGAUGAUGUCCAUUCGGACGUGAAGGUCGUCUAUCUACCCAAAAACACCAGCCCUUUCCUACAGCCUAUGGAUCAGGGCGCCGUCUCCAUCUUCAAAGCAUGCUAUUUACGGGCCACGCUGGCCUCGGCCGUCGCCGCGACAGAGGACAACAGGCUGACUUUGCGCGACUUUUGGGACGCGUACGACAUCGGCCACUGUAUCGAAAACAUUGCGACGGCGUGGAAGGAGGUCAGCCUGAAAUGCACGCAAGGCAUUUGGGAGCGCUGCCUGAAGCGCUUUGCUCUCCUCGUCCGUAACUUUGAAGGCUUCGACCUCAACGAGGAUUUGGAGGAAAUCAGCCGCAACAUUUUGACGCUCCACCGCGCCGUCGGUUUAGAGGUGGAUGCAGACGAUGUGAAAAAAUGGAUCGCCUACCCCGAGGGAGAGCUUUCCAACGAAGAAUUGAUCGAGCUGAAAGAAGAAUUGGAGGCCCAAGGCAUGGCGGAUGAGGACGAAGAUAUCAAAUACUAGUCUUGAGUCCGUUCAGGGUGAAAAUAUUCGACAGGUGUUUUUCUCAAGGCGUUAACGAAACGUUACGAAAAUUCGGAAGUACGGACCCAAACGUAGAACGUUUUGGAAAGUUAACAUUGGGAGCCCCGGACGUUCAGCGUGAAAAAAUUCGACAGGUGUUUUUCUCAAGGCGUUAACGAAACGUUACGAAAAUUCGGAAGUACGGAUCCAAACGUAGAAUGUUUUGGAAAGUUAACAUUGGGAGCCCCGGACGUUCAGCGUGAAAAGAUUCGACAGGUGAUUUUCUCAAGACGCUAACGAAACGUUAAUGAAAAUUCAGAAGUAUGGAUCCAAAUGUAGAAUGUUUUUGGAAAGUUAUAUUGGGAGCCCCGGAUGUUCAGCGUGAAAAUAUCGACCGGUGCUUUUCUUGGAACGUUCAUAAAAACUUUAACGAAAAUUAGGAAGUAUGGAUCGGAAUGUAGAACCUUUUGGAAAGCUACAUCGGGAAAUGCAUGUGUCCUAGUGAAAUAGAUGAAGGAAAAAAAUGUGCAAAGAAAACUUAGUGAAUUCUUUUAAGAAGUUAUUUCUUGCUCACCUCCCCAUCCUGAAAAAAGCAGAUCCCCCGAGGACGCAGGUUCACCAGCCUGCUAGCCCUCCCCCCCCCCCCCGUAUCCGACAUUUCGGAAACCACGGCAAAAGACUAAUCUCUGGAAGGGGUUCUGUGGAUGUUUACAGGUACAGUACUGUAAUUGUAAACGCUGAUUUUGUAUUCUUUUAUUUUUGUACUGUAACACGACACGACGGCGCAUAACAACAACAACAACAAUAAUAAUAAUUACACAUUCGAUCAGAGACGUUUUAAAGUAUUGGACAUGAAGUUCCGUUCAUUGGAGGAUGAAAUUGACUUCUUUAGAAAUAAAAGAUGUUUUAAAAUAUUCA